AUGUCACCGAUCGAUCCACGUGGAGCCAACACUACAGCACUUGAUCCAGAUUUACCCAGUCAGUUUUUACCCAAUUCCACAUUUGAACCACUAGUAUUGAACAUGUUUAUCGAAAACUGGACAUUAUCCAAUAAUUAUAGCACCUACUAUACAACCUGUAACCCUGAUAGUUGUACAUACACAUACGAUCAACGAUAUGCUUUUGUUGCUGCCAUUACAGUUCUCAUUGGCUUAUUAGGUGGGCUCAGUGUUGCACUAAGAUUGAUUCUGCCACCUUGUGUAAAACUAGUUGUGGGUAUUUUUCAUCGUUGCAAAGGCGUCGAUAGAUUAGCCUUCGGUAUUAUCAUUUUCUUCACAAGUUUUAGUCAACAAACACGCACUAUCACAAUUCUUUCGCCAUCUCAAACAACAUUUUCGUACCUACAAGAUCAACAAAAGUCAAGUCUCUCAUGUUUAUGUUCACAGGCCUCUAUUCAACAUGAGGUAUUCCUUUCGAUUUCACCUCGUUUACAUCAGGUAUGUUCUAGCGACUUACUUGCAGAACCAUGGUGGGGUUAUCUGUGGGGGCUAGAUGUUUUUAGCGAUUUUCGCGAUCUUAAACUUCUUAGCAUUCAGUUUCGUAUUCUUGCAUCCGUAUGCUCAUUAGCACAGCAAUCUAUCGCGAAUGACACAAGUGUAUUUCUUACCAAUAAACUAGUUACUCUAGAAGCAAUGUCAUUCAGUUCAUUUCAAGCUCAAAUUGAUUCGCUCAAAGCCAUAUUUACUGCUCAAACACCAGAUAAAUUUCGCCGUACUCAGUUGUUUAUUUAUGAAACAUUUCGUGCAAACCAGCUGCUGGUUGUACCUGAAACAAAUUGGCAAUUAGCUUUCACAACUGCGGCAGAUAAUUACGUUGUUGCCACUGUGCCACGUAAUUCAUUUGGGAAUAAUUACUCAUGUAUUACAUCAUUAGAUAGCUUCUCACGACCAUUGUAUAUCGAUGCGAAUUAUAACACCACAGUAUUACCUGGUGUGGUGGCUAGUUGUUUACCGAUUGAUGGUAUUCGUCUGUCUACUCUAGAAUGUUUCUUUGAUUCAAAAUGUAUUCAUAACUUGACAAGCAUUGCAUCGACACGCACUACCACUAUUUGGAUUGCCAAACCACUCAAUGCUUCAACACCCAGUAAUUAUUCUUCGAACACUCUCAUAGGCAACCUCGUCGAUAGUUUAUUCGUGGAAGAUUGGGGAAUUGUCAGUAAUUAUUCAAGCUACUUCGCCUCGUGUGCUCCAUAUUCGUGUUCAUACCAAUAUAUUGAUCACAAUACAAUACUCUACGUAAUCACCAUUGUGCUUGGACUGUAUGGUGGGUUGGCAGUGAUUCUUCAUUUUAUUGUCUGGCGUGGAUGGCGUAUGUAUCGAAAGAUGAUGGGAUGGAUACAAAUCGCUACUCACUCAACAUCAACACAAGUAGUUCCGUUUCAGCCAACCAUCCAUAUCGAGUGA